UGUAUUACGCAGUUAGUUUGUUUUCGGAAAACCAAGUUUCGUUUCCAAUUUGAAUUUCGAUUCAAGGUCUAGAUUUGUUGCAUGUCAUUUGUGAUUUAGUCUAGAUUACCGGAAUAAAGCCAACAUUCGUCAUGGACAUUGAGGAAAUAGAAUCCAUAUUAAACUGUCCAAUCUGCAUGGAAGAGUACAACGAUCCUCGAAUUCUGCCAUGUCAGCAUUCUUUCUGUGAAAAAUGUCUAUCGUCGUACAUUAAAGAUUUAACUAAGGCUAAACCGUUAAAGAAGGGUUCUUUCCCAUGCCCCAUAUGUCGACACAAAACAAAACUGAGGAAUAAUUGUAAUGAUGCAUCUUCCUUUGAGAGAGAUUUGACAAAGACAGGCUUACUCGAUUCUAAGCAUAUCCUCCUGAUGCAAGAAGAAGAUUCGCCUGCAGAUGGUUCUACAUGCGAGGCACAAACAAUGAGCACACAAACAGAUGAUGGUCAUGAUGUUACAGAUUUAAAAGACGAUCCUGAUUUUCCUACACCAGCGUUAUCUGGUGAUGAUGCUAAAAGUGAAAAUCGAAAGACACCCAAAAGAAAUAGAAAACGAGCACUAGCAAGAAGUGCGAAGAAUAAAGAUAAAAAUUCCAGCAACACCAAGAAAAAACGAAAUAAACAGAAGACCAAUGCGAAGACUGAUUUAAACCAAGGACGAAGUACUGAGUUGGAAUUUACGGACUAUUUACUUGUUUAUUUUAUUCUCAUUCCAUUAUACACGUUGGCAUGGAAAGAUUUAAACAAAUACUCCCUUUUAGCUUUUUUUCUUGUGCUUAUUUUAAGCGUAACUGUACUAGGAUUCACAUACAUGGCGCCAUACAUGUCAGUACUGUUCUUUUGUUUAUGGUUAUUUAGUUCUUACAAACAAAGUAGAGAACUUGUGUUAUCCCAUUGCAAUGUGGCUGAGGUCAGACAAUAUCAGAUUCUCUUUAUUUGUCAUUUGCAGUACUCCAUACUUCUUGUAGUUCUUAUCUCCUGUUUGGAUAUGUUUGUGUUGGCUGUUUCUUGUAAGUGGACACUUAGCAAUGCCCUUUGGAAAAACGAUUCAAUAGUUUCGUAUCAGGAAUUUAAUCAUAAUUUUGUCACUUACGGAUCCAGCUGGGUGAACUCUAUACAAAUUGUAAACGUAAACAUUUAUCUAUUGAUGAGAUACAUUGUCAGAUUAUUAAUUUUCUAAGUGACUACAUAAAAAAGCCCUACCCAAUUUUAACCGAUUAUUAUUAUAAGUAUUUUACUAGUGCAUUAUUAUGUAUUUUCAUAACCACAUUCGGCAUCAAACCAGUGGAGAAUAUUGUUCUAGACAGAGGAAUAAUGUUUUUUCUGGUAUUAUGAGUACAUGUAUUUACAAAUGUUGAUAUUAUAAUCCUUAUAGAAAGACCAUGCAACAAAAUUUAAUAUGGAGUUCGGUUAUCAAACGGAGCGAAUGACGUACGUGACGAUUGAUAGGUAACUCCGGAUAAGAAAUCUAAUGUGCUACUGUUGGUAUCGCUGUGAAUAUAUCUAAGUAGAAUAAAUAUCACUUGCUUUGAUCCAGAAUCAGUAGUGAUUAAAUUAACGACCUGUUUCAAAGAUAUAAAUUUAAGAAAUGCUUUCGUUAUUUAAGUAUAUGUUUAACUUCAUUCACAAGCUUAGAGAUUUGAUAAUCAAUGUGCGAAACAAUUUCGGGUAUCUAUGAUUGAAUGAUUUUAAUUAAUGCACUGUUAAAAUGUCGAUUUGAGAGGCAGUGCAUAUGUUUGGAAAGGUAUAUUUAUCUUCUUUUAAGAAUCAAUUCAAAUAUAAAAUAUGAAAUAAAUAUUGAUAUUAUUGAGAAUGAAUACUUCAGAAAAGUCAUUACAUGUUAUAGACUAUCGUCGCAUGCCCGUGCUAUUAAAACUGGAAUUUAUAGACAGGUAAAAAUAUAAAUUUAACGUUGUCUAGUCUGAGGACUUGUCCAAAGCUUGCCCGUGUCGAUCAUGGACCGCACUAAAUUUUGUUCCUUGCAUCUCAUCUAAGAAAAAGAGGCUUUGUGGUAGUCAUUUGUCAAAACAGACUGCAAUUUUGACUUUUCAAAGUUCUGCUGCACCGUAACCUUGACGAGUAGGCUGUUGGGAUGGUUCUUGUACGCGAUAAAUUGGUUUGUAUGGAGAUCAUUUUUGCCAAGUUAUGUUGAAAUUCAAUUAUGAAUCAAAUGCAUUUCUUGCACGCGAAACGUAGUCGUGUUGUGGUAUUCUUCAAAUUGUGCAAAGUUGUUUUGAGAUCACACCUUGGCAGGAUAGCCGUUAUGACUACUGUUUUAAAUAAGAACAUGAGCAUACCAUGUCCUUAACCUUAAGCAUGCAAAAUGGUUCGUGGGCGUUUCGCAUAUAUAUAUAUAUGUAUAGAUAUCACUAAUCCAUUAGUCUCAAGUAGCUUUAACUCUUUUCAUGACGAAGAUGAGGGCUCUUUCCAAGUUCUACAUAAUUGUAACUCUUUUUAUGCCCCCACACAUGUAUUUUUGGGGCAUAUAGCGUUGCUGCUCUCCGUCCGUACGUACGUCCGUACGUCUCGAAAUCUUGUGUGUCCAACUAGCCUGAUUUGCUUCAAACUUUCACAGAUGAACAACCUUGAUAUGUAAAUGACCGUAAAGGAAGGAUAUUUUCUGUGACUAUUUUUACCACAGUUAUGGCAUUUUAAUAGUUUUUGCUAUAUAGAAUGUAGAGAAAAGUUUUGUGUGUCCAACUCCUCCCACGCUAUUAGCCUGAUUUGAUUCAAACUUUCACAGAUGAACAAGCUUGAUGUGUAGUUGACCAUAAAGAAAGGAAUUUGUUUCUGUAACUAUCUUUACUUCAGUUAUGGCCCUUUGAUAGUUUUUGUUAUAUGGAAUAUAGAGAAAAAUUUUGUGUGUCCAAUUCUUUCCACACUAUUAGCCUGAUUUGCUUCAAACUUUCACAGAUGAACAAGCUUGAUGUGCAGAUGACCAUAAAGGACUGAUUUUUUCUGUGAAUAUUUUAGUGCAGUUAUGGCCCUUUGAUAGUUUUUGCUAUAUAGAGGAUGGCACAGAAUGUGGGGGCAUCCGUGUUAUAUGGACACAAUUUCUAGUUUCUAAUAUAAAUUAAGUUUGGCUGCAUGCAUGACGUGUCAAGGGUUGCAAUGUUCAGUAUAUUUUAUUUGCAUUAAAUCUUAAAUAUCUCCGUAACUGUAUUUAGUUUAAACAGAUUGUUAUUUCAAAAAAUCAUGAAACAUGUAUUAAAUAAAUAUUCAUUUAAACUACAUAUUGUUUCAUUUUUAAUACAUGUGUUUAUGCUCCCUAUCCUCGAAGACGAGGGGAUAUAUUGCUUUGCUCAUGACGUCAGUCUAUCGGUUGACAAUUUGGUUUCUAAUCAGAGACUUGACAGAACGGUCAAUUUGUGCAGUCAAACUUCAUAAAAUGAUCGCGUGUGGUCAAAUGAUGACUUUCUAUUGUUCUGUAGGUCAAAGCAAAGGUCUCGGUGACCUUGAUACUGUAAACGGUUGCCAAACGUUUGGGCCGAAAAUGGUCAACUUCAUAAGACGAUUACCUGUGGUCAGUAGAUGAGGCUUGCUGUUUUAAAGAACAAUAGGCCAAAUGUCAAGCGGAGCUGAAAGCCGUUUCCGAUCAGCAACUGGUGAAUGCUUUGGCAUAAAACUAAAAUUUCACCAGUUGGUUUCUUUUGUUCAGAAGAUGACCGCUAAUAUUUUUUUUGUUGGUGUGUGUGUGUGUAGGUAGGGUGUGGGUGGGGAAGCAGUAGGACAAAGGCAAAGGUGAUAGUGGUAUUGAAACUUAUAUGCGUUCCGAUAAAUAGCUGGGGGAAAACGGCGAUCAAACUUCGUAGCAUCAUUGAUAACCUCUAUUGUCUUUGGAGCUAAAAUGGCAAUGGACUAAAUCACAAAUAUCUCGCGAUUGAAAACGGUUUUCGAUCACUUACUGAGCUAUUAUAUUAAGUCACUAGGUCAAAGUCACAAUGAUAUUGCGACUAAAAGGUUUAGGAACUAGUUUGAGAAUUUUUAUGGUCAUUAGAUGAAGGAUUAUAAGGUCAAAGUUCAAGGUCACAGCAUACAACAGUUUGCCUCCGACAUGCCAUAAUGGAGGAAUAUCUAUUUUACUAACAGCUGUCGCAUGUAUGUAAUAUAUAAAAGGUGAUUUGUAUUUAAAUUUUCGUUCCAUAUCUUUUGUUCCUAAUUAGUCGUAUAUGACAAAUUCUAAACUGGCUUGAUAAUUAAAUUCUAACAUGGAUAUUUUCAUAGUCUUCACUGUUUUUAUAAAUACGACGUAUCUAUUCCUUCUAUCUAUAGAGGAGAAGCAGUAUGUCUGGCCAGGGAACUAAAGCCUGUAUACUUGACUGCCCAAUAUGUACGAACAUAUUCGAGGACCCUAGAAUACUACCUUGCCAGCAUACUACAUGCGAAAAAUGUCUGUCUUCUUACAUAAAGGAUAUCAUACAGAAAGACGGAAAACGACCUACGGAAUUCCCAUGUCCAGUUUGUCGACGAAAAACAAAACUUAGAGAAGCUUCAUCGUUUCAGAAGAAUUUGACUAUCGUCGCUCUGCUUGAUUUUAAAUCUCUAUCAGCCAAGCUUCGAAAAGCAUCCGCGAAGAAGAAAACCAAGGCGGUAACAACAGAAACACAAACCAGUAGAGAAGAAACAUUUCCGGAUCCAAAUAAUGUGCCCGCUGCUAUAUCAAAAGCUUUUACUCCUGAGAAGGAAAAGAAUACAAAGGGCCAUUACAAGCAAGGGAACAAAGCUACAGACACGGUCAAUCGGCAAAACGACAAAAGAGUGAAAAUGGUUAAUCCGACGGAAAAUAACGACCAUAAGGUCAACCUGACUGUCACAUUAAUAAACUGCACUUUUCUUGAAAACAUUUCAGACAUUUACUUGUUAUUUGUAUUCAAUUUAGUCUUCAUUGCAAUGGCUUACUAUAUGCCUGUUUUGAUAACAUUGAUAAUUACACACGAUUUAUUUUGUAAUUAUUCACAAAGGUCAUUCCUACUUGAUCACCUCUGUCUAAAACAAAUUAUAAAAGCGAAGAAAUGGUGGUAUGUUUUCCUUCUUACAUAUGUAGAAUGGGCCCAAAGUACAUUAAUUAAUCUGUUAUGGUUAAUACUCUUUGCAUUAAUUUUCAGUUUGUUUUUCACCUUUUACGGCGCUAUUUCUAACAAACAAUCUGUUUUUACAUUUGAUGCUGUGAUGGAAAAUUUCAUAUUAAGGUUAAUCACUUUAGGAUAUGCUGCUUACAACCUAAAUUUAGAACUUGUUGACAUGGCCAGCAGCAUUUUUCACUGGCUCUUUUGAUGUAAAUGUCCGAUGGUCCGAUUAUGCUUACUCGCAGUCAGUCAAUUUAGUCAUUCAAAAUAAUGUUUUAGUCGUACAAGUUUGGAAUAUUGUACAAGUUUAUUUAACAAGUCCUGAAAAUGACGAUUUUAAAUUCUUUAAGAACAAGUUAGAUAUAUUGUAGUCUUUUCUUUAAUUUCGAUUAAAGU